UGUAGGCAAUUUUUUGCAAUCCUUUUCAUUCUUGCAUCCGUGCUGAAAGGCUUUACUCCCCCCUCUGCCUUUUGUUUCCGAGGUGGAGCCUGAUACACCGACUUCUUCAAAUUGAACUGCCGGCGAAGCAGACGGACAAGAUAGGACCGGCACCAGCAGUCGGUGGCACAGAUCUGGGACGCAGCAGAUCGAAAGGAGGGACCAUAAAGGCAGUUUCCAAGGAAGACAAGGGGAUUUUGUGGAACGCUUUGUACGGUUGAAUCAUUUUACAAACCGGCUACACGGUACAGCUUCAAGAAAGAUGAAUUAUUUCAUCCUGCUGUCGCUUUUUGCCACGAUUAUCACCGGAAAGUCACCUCGGCUGAAAUUUGUUCUGCACGAGACCUCCAGGUUCCACUUCAACAAACCUGAGAACUACAUCAGCAUGUACCACCAGGAAGGGAGCGACACGCUGUAUGUGGGCGGCCAGGCGAUGAUCUAUGUGUUGACAUUCACUAACAGAGGGGUCCGCAACCUGCAGAUCCCAGCGGCAUCUGACCAGACUGCAAUUGAUACCUGCAAGGCAAAGGCUGCGCCACUUGAGCUGGAGUGUGAUAAUUUCAUCACCGUCAUUCAGAAAGUAAACGACACAAUGAUAAUAUGUGGAACGAAUGCUGGAAGCCCCAGGUGCUGGAUGUUGGUAAAUGAGACUGUGCUGACUGACGUCCAGGGCAACAGGCAGAUAGCAUCAGCCUCUGACAUCUCACCACCCUACCCUUCCCAAAAGUCCAUCAGCUUGCCUGCAGAUGGGAGUCUGUAUUCUGCUAUGUCGUCGGUGGCAGGUCACGCCGGCUCGAUCCGCCGUACGUUUGGAUCCCAGAAACUCCUGAAGACGGAGAACGUUUGGCUGCUGAAUCCGCAGUUUGCCGGUGCAGCCAUAAUGCCGUCUACACUGAAGUACAAGGAGGAGAUCUACUUCUUCUUCAGUGAGCUCAACAAGACAGCCAGAGUGGACGAGGAGCCUUACAGGGCACGCAUUGGCCGAAUCUGUACGGUGGACGAAGGCGGCAUCAAAGCCCUGCUGGCAGACUCAUGGACCACCUUCAUGAAGGCCCGGGUCAUGUGCGGCGCAGGAAACACUCAGCAGCAGUACAACAACAUGAAGCAGGCGGUGGUUCUGACAGCGCAGGACAAGAGGGCUGGAGUCCUGUAUGGCCUGUUUUCCAACGCAUGGGGUAGAACAGUGAUCUGUGCCUACUCCAUUGAAGAUAUUGACCAGGCUUUCUCCACAUCCAAACUGAAGGGCUACAGCAGUCCAUUCAUUGGCAGUCGCCCUGGGAUGUGUGUCCGCAAAAACUCGACAGCAGGAGGUCACAACGACAUCAAAAACCUCGGGGUGAUCAGAUAUCAUCCAGAAAUUGAGGAUGUGAUCCGGCCUGUCGGUGUGGCUCCACUGGACCUGCCCACGGAUGACCAAAUCACACAUGCUGUGGCAGACAUUGUCCUGGCGGUCAAUGAUGAGCACUACAGCGUCCUGUACCUUGGAACAGACCAAGGCAAAGUUCUCAAAGUUCUUCACAGUAGCGAGGGGGUCUUCAUCAUAUCUCAGUACUCUCUGUUUCACAAUGAGGGCCCCGUUCUCAACAUGGCCAUCGACUCCCAAAAGGGGCACCUGUACGUUGGUACAGCGAUGGAGGUCCAGCGGUUGCCACUGGCUGACUGCAGUCGCUAUGGCGACACCUGCAGGGAGUGCAUCCUUUCCCGGGAUCCGUACUGCGGCUGGGACAGGGCCAGGAGGAAGUGUAUCCCAAUCCCGCCUGGAUACAACGUCACCACAGGGACACUCAUUCAGAAUCUGGACCGUUCAAACUCCUCGGUUUGUGGGGAAGCUGCUGCUUUAAAGCAGCGUAGCACUUCCCCCAGAGAAGUGCUGGUGCAGUCCAACACCUCCAUCUUUCUCCCUUGCCCUGUGCGCUCCUUCCACGCCUCCUACCGCUGGGUGAAAGACAACUGUGUCAAGAACUAUCCCUGCCUCUUCUCCGGAGACUUCUGCGUCCUGGGGCCGGCUAUUGACACGCCCCUGAAGGAAGGCGUCUUCCGCUGCAUAGCCACCGAGGACGGAUUCAAAGUGGAGGUCAUCUCCUUCAGGCUGGUGAACGACGGCAGGCUCCUGGCCGCCUCCCUGGCCUCCACCUUGGGGCCGUCGAUCCUGCUCGCCAUGGCUACCCUGUGGCUCCAUUAACUGCAGCUAACGCUAAUGCUAACCCCUCAUCCUUACUGGCUCCCAAUGACAGGAAAGACAAGGAGCCUCUGUUACGAGGUUAGGUUCGCAGAGCAUUAAAGUAAAUGGUUGGGUUGGACAGUGGAAAUUCAGCUUUUUUAGAGAAAGAAUCCCAAGAAAAUUUUAACAAGGGAUUAAAUUCUGUAUUUUUUGUUGUUGCAUAAAAGCAACAUAUCUGCAGCUGUCUUAAAGAGAUCAGAACUCAAAAAAUACUUUCAUUAACAUUCAGACUAAUUACUGUCCAUGAAUUGACAUCUUGCGAGUUCGAUCAACCGUAAUUAGGUGCUUUGCGAAACUAUCCUCUCUGACUCAAAACAUAUCGUAUGAGUUGGGCAAAAAAAACACCAAUACCAGGCCAAUUCUUUUUACCAUUUCUCUACUUAUUUUCAAAUUUUUUUUUCAACUUGACUGUGCUUAUUUGUGAAUAUAUAAACCUUUAAUACCACUCUUACAUUGAAUCAUUCAUGUUGUUAAACCUUAUUGCUAUAGCUCAUUAGUACUCAUUAGUACUUAGAAAUGUCUGGUAUUGAGAUUUAAAAAGCCUUAACACUUCUGGGACAUAAACUCCUAAGCACAAUUUUGCAGUCGAGGCAGAAUACUCGGUUGGACUUGGCGCUAUAAUUAGUGCCACUGAGUCUAACAACAUCGCUGGGAGGAAGUGUCAGCUUUUUGACAGGAAGUAGGCGGAUGGGCAAGAGCUCAUUCUCGAACAUCACUGUGUCUCAGCACCUCCUCCUCAGAUGAGGCAGUUUCUUGCAACUUUUUAUUAGAUGGUAUCAGACAUCGUCAUUACGCCUUGUUCACAGCUUUGUCCGUUGUUUUUCUCUUUAAAUGCCAUUGUCUUUCCUCUCCAGAGCAUUGGAAACAAAACACUUAACCCUCUGAGGUCUAAGGGCAUUUUUCAAUUUUGACAUAUCUCCUUAAAUUCACCUUUUAAGGGUAUUUGCAUAUGACUUGAUGCCCAUGUGUUUCACAUCAAAAUGUUCAGAACAAACUCAGCUUUCUGUAUACUGGGGCCUCAAGUUGUCCUAUUGCAAUGUAUAAAGAGAUAAUUUGGCCCUAAAGCUGAAAAGUUGAAGUUCCCUUUUUUUUUGUUCUUUAAAUGAACAAUUAUUUUGUUGCUUGAAUUGAGCUUACCAAAGCCGACGGACACUUAAGUCCUCCAUUAAAUACCCAAUAAAAGAAUGCAAAAGCAAAUAUUCAGCUGAUUCUGGAAAUCAAUGUAAACCACAUUUCUGCGCUGUAUUAUUGCUUAAAUAUUAAAUGAGACAUUGAAAAAAACAUUUCCAUGGACGCGCCAUGCAUUCAUUGACCUCAGAAGGUUAAACACUAAGGAGCAAACCCCCUCAGAAUCUUUCAACAAAGGAGUCUCAAACAUAAACCAUAAAAUAAUUAAACCCAUCUCUAACAAUCAACGUUAAGGUUUAAAGCAACACUAUAUAACUCUUCCCGCUUCGGUUCCCCUACAGGUUGGAAGCGGAAUUGUCCAUUACAUUACAUUGUCCAGUUCAUUCGAACUACAGAUCCGCUACCCGAUCUGGCAAACUUGCAUGAUGUAACGUAAUGGACAACUCUGCUUCCAACCUGUAGGGGGACCAAAGUGGGAAAAGUUACAUAGUGUUGCUUAAAAAUCUGGGUUUUGGUUUGGUCUUUUAUUGUGCAGAGACGGUGGGUAAAAGUUAAGUGAAACAGCAGUGACUUUUUGCUAAUACCGAGUAUGUUGUCAGCAUGUUCUUGGUGCAAAAUCCCAAGUGUCCAUAAGCUUUUCGGAAACACAAAGUGACAAAGAGGAGCUCGUUUUCUGCAAAUGACAUCAAAUUUCUGUUAACCCAACAAUGGGUAAAGAUGUGAACAAGGUGUUGCGCUAUAGCAAUUUCAAUAAACACACACUUACAUUAUCAUAAGGGCAGAUGAAGCUAAAUGGAACUGCAUAUUAGGCUUGCAUUUUAUAGUUUGCUUGGAGAAAAAAAGGCUUGUACUUAGAUCCGUGAAAUGUGUUCUGUAUUUUAUUGCUCUGCAGAUGCUGAUUUCUACCAUUGCUGCCUAUGUAUGUUACACUUUUUCCUGAUUGUUUGGGUAAUUAUACCAUAGUUAGAACUUGAUAUAUAACCAUUGACGGCUUUGCCUCUCUUCCCAGGGACAUCGGUGCAAAUAGACAAGAAAAUGGUUUGUGUUUGUCAUACUUGUAUCUCUAUGCUGUGAAACAAAAGGCUUGACAGAUUCCAGUAAUACUGUAUGCUUCACUGAUGGUGAGCAGCAACCACAGCCAGCGGCGAGAGCAGUCAUCAGCAACCACAACCAGCGGCGACAGCAGUGGCGUUAACAUCACGCUAUAUCUGCAGGAUCGUCCUUUAACCUCUCUUUGAAUACCACACUUUAUUAAGACCAAAAAGGCAGAUUAAAGCUGAAUGUUAAAGGAAUGAGUUGUGAAUUUUGCUGGAGUCCAAUAACUCUAAAAUGCCAAAAAGGAAUGCCAAACCUUAUGAAUACCGAUCAGCUGUCAGAAGAAGUAUGCUUUGUGCGGUGAUGAAUUUAUUCAGCGGAUUAGCAUGUUCUCCAGAGCUUUGAGAAUUAUCAUUCAGUAGUGUUACAUAGGCCGUGCUGAGGAUUUCACAGUGGCAGAGAUGUCAUUAAUAGCUAAUUUGACAAUGGAGCCGGCUCGUCAUGCAAAGUAUUAAAGAAUUUAUUUCACACCGUCAGGGAUACGAGCAUCAAGCAUGUCCCCAGCUGUGAAAAAUCUUGAGGUAGUGUUGUGCUUCUCACUCAGCUUGGUUGUGUGUUGCUGCUCUUCGAGCUGCUUGCUUUCUGCAUUGCACUGACUCUGGAUACUGACUGUGCCAAGAAAAGAAAAAAAUGAAAAAAAACAAAGCUAUGUUGAGCCAACGCA